CUGUCUUUCCAUAUUGUAGCCUUGGGUCAAUAGAGCCAUGAAUAACUGUUUGAAAUGCAGGGCCUUAGUUAUCAGCCUUCUUAUCUUGAAUGUCUUUCAAGUUUCAGUAGCUUCGGUUGUUUCCACCGGAGAUUUCAACAAAGACUUCUUCGUGAUGUGGGCUCCUGAUCAUGUAAACACUUCAUCUAAUGGCAGGGAAAGAAGCCUGAAACUUGAUCAAGUAUCUGGAUCUGGUUUUGCAUCAACCCAAAUGUUCUUAUUUGGUCAAAUAGACAUGCAAAUUAAACUAGUGCCAGGGAACUCAGCAGGGACAGUGUUGGCCUACUAUUUGGCAUCGGAUCAACCUAAUCGAGAUGAGAUAGAUUUUGAGUUUCUUGGCAAUCUGAGUGGCCAGCCAUAUAUAGUGCAAACAAAUAUCUAUGUUGAUGGUUUCGACAACCGUGAAGAGAGGAUUUAUUUAUGGUUUGAUCCAACAGAGGACUUCCAUACAUAUUCCAUACUAUGGAAUCUUCAUCAAAUUGUGUUUAUGAUAGAUUCAAUUCCUAUUAGAUUAUAUAGAAACCAUGCAGACAAGGGAGUGGCAUAUCCUAGGUGGCAGCCAAUGAGCAUAAAAACCAGCCUAUGGAAUGGGGACAGCUGGGCGACACGCGGGGGAUUAGACAAAAUUGAUUGGUCAAAGAGUCCUUUCAUAGCUUCAUUCAAGAAUUACACCAUUGAUGCCUGUGUUUGGAAAGGAAAUCCAAGGUUUUGUAGGGCAGAUAGCUCAGCCAACUGGUGGAACAAACGCAGUUUUAGCACUCUAACCAGGGUACAGAAUAGAUGGUUCAAAUGGGUGAGGAAGUACCACAUGGUUUAUGAUUAUUGCCAAGAUAACCAAAGAUUCCAAAAUAAUCUUCCCAAGGAAUGCUUCCUUCCCAAGUACUAAUACAAAAUGUAAUAGAUAGUUUUCAAAUCGGUUCAUUGGCUUUAAUUGUUGCAGAUUUUUCUUUCAUGAUACUUAUACUCUAAUGAACUAUUAGUAUGUAUAGAAACUUUCCCAGCCUCCAAGCCUAGGGCUUCAAUGCUUAACAUCAUCUUUAUCAGUAGAUUGAAAGUAAGGUAUUGGAACUUUUUAUGCACUAGCUGUCCCCACUGGGCUGACAAUGUUCAAUAUAUUGGUCAAGUUUCUAGCCAGAUUCCCUGCAGUAAAUGCAACAAAUCAUUUAAAUGGUAAAAUGUCGAUGAACAAUUAUCUUAAUUCAACAUUCGGCCUUUUCUUAUGCA